AUGUUUCGCUGUCAUCCUCUUCCCAGCUACCUUCUCCUAGUUACCAUCAUCCUCGCUACCAGCGGGUGUGGAGCCAGCCUAUGCCGCCAAGAUCAGAGCGCUGCCCUGCUCCGCCUCAAAGCCAGCUUCCACUUCGGCAACUCAUCAGCUUUAUAUUGUGGAUGGUUUACGAGUACUCUUCCGUCAUGGAAGGCAGACACCAACUGCUGCACCUGGGAAGGCGUAACAUGUGACGGCACGUUGGGCUACGUCACUGCUCUCGACCUCUCUGAACUCUGCAUCUCGGGUAACCUCAGGUCACCAGACAUCUUUAAACUUACCUCGCUUCGCUUCCUUAGCCUUGCUUACAACAACUUUGAUGCAACUCCGUGGCCACGUCCCGGAUUUGAGCAGCUCCCUGAUCUCAAGUACCUUGACCUCUCUUAUUCUGGCUUGUCUGGUGCUUUGCCCAUCGAGAACGGCCAACUUUCCAAUUUAGUCACGUUGAACCUCUCUGGCCUUCAUCUAAAAGAUUUGAACCUUGAGACUUUGAUUGACAGCCUUGGCAGUCUCCAAACACUGUAUCUUGAUGAAGCCUACAUUUCGGUCAAUCCAACCGAUUUGGUGCCUGCCUCUUCUGGCAAUAAAACGUCAAGUCUCAAAGAGCUAAACAUGUGGAGGUGCACAAUCACUGGUGGCCAUUUUGAUACUUUUCUUACUAAUCUCCUAUUUCGUUCCAAGCUUGCCAAUUUAGUCAUGCUAGGUCUCUCGGACUUUGAUCUUAAAAAUUUGAGCCUUUAUUCCUUGAUUGGCAGCCUUGAUAAGCUCCAAAAUCUAUAUCUUGAUUGGCAUUUCGCCUUGUCCAUAGAUUUGGCUCCUCUUCUAAAUACCACAUCAGGUCUCAAAGAGCUACGCAUGUGGCGGUGCACAAUCACUAGCGGACAGUUUGAUACUUUUCUGUUUGAUUCCAAACUUGCCAAUUUAGUCAUGCUAGGUCUCUCGGACUUUGAUUUUAAAAAUUUGAGCCUUUAUUCCUUGAUUGGCAGCCUUGGUAAGCUCCAAAAUCUAUAUCUUGAAAAUGUAAACAUUUCGGCCAGUCCUACCAAUCUGCCACUUGCCUCAUCUACCAAUACCACAUCAGGUCUCAAAGAGCUACGCAUGUGGGGGUGCACAAUCACUAGCGGCCACUUUGAUACUGUUCUCACUAAGCACCCAUUUCUUUCCAACUUAAUCAUGCUAGAUCUCUCAGUCCUUAACCUUAAAAAUUUGAGCUUCUAUGACUUGAUUAACAACCUUAACAGUCUACAGAAGUUGUAUCUUUGUGCUGUCAACAUUUCAGUAAGUCCGAUCAUGUCGGUACAUUCUUCUUCUACCAAUACAACACCAGGUCUGCAAGAGCUACAAAUGACAGAUUGUGGGCUGACUGGGACAUUCCCUUCAUGGAUAUUUCAUAUCAAAAGCUUGACAAUGCUAGAUGUAUCACAGAAUGAGAACCUAUGUGGAGAGUUGCCUGAGUUCGCAGAGGGUAGCUCUUUGCAAGAAUUGAGGCUUAGUGGAACCAAACUUUCUGGAAAAAUACCAGAGUCUACCGGUAACCUCCAAAGUUUGACUAUGUUGGACCUUUCUGAUUGCCAAUUCAAUGGCACCAUCCCACAAUUUGCUCAGUGGCCGAUGAUUGAAUCAAUUGACUUGUCAGGUAACAACUUAAUUGGUUCAUUACCUUCAGAUGGAUACCAUGCUCUACGCAACCUAACAAGAGUUGAUCUUAGUAACAACUCGAUAAGUGGAGUGAUACCUGCAUCUUUGUUUUCUCACCCAUCUUUGGUGUCUUUAGAUAUCUCGCAAAACAAUUUCACUGGAAAUUUUCUUUUGUACCCCAAUAUAUCUUCUAAUUUGGCAUCGAUUGAUCUUAGUAAUAACAAACUGCAAGGACCAAUCCCAAAAUUACUGUCGGAGCUUGUAGGAACAUAUUACUUGGAUCUGUCGUCAAACAAUUUCACUGGAACUGUGGAUCUAAGCUUCAUAAAGAAUUGCAAGGAGCUCGAUUAUCUAUCGCUAUCCUAUAAUAAGUUGUUUGUAGUAGAGGAAGAUAGCAAUCAUUCCUACCUAGAAUAUCCAUUUAUUUGGGAGUUGGGAUUGGCAUCAUGUAACCUAUCUUCCGUGCCAAAAUUCUUGAUGCACCAGAGGGGUAUUUAUGAUUUGGACCUCUCAAACAACAAUAUUGGUGGACACGUACCUGAUUGGAUAUGGGGAAUUGGAGAUUUCUCUUUUAGUCUUAACCUGUCUCAUAAUCUAUUUACCAGCGUUGAUACAAAUUUAUCAAGUGCAUCAGUAUAUUGGUUUGAUCUAGAUCUCCAUUCCAACAAGAUUGAGGGACCUCUCCCACUACCGCCAAUGGGAACUUACCGAUUGGACUUCUCCAAUAACCGUUUCAAUUCUUCUAUCAUGCCUGAGUUUUGGUCACGCCUUAGGUCAGCCGAUUCCCUAUCAUUGGCAAACAAUAGCCUCAUUGGAGAAGUUCCCCAUUUGAUCUGCAAUGCAACUAAUAUGGAAGUUCUAGACCUUUCUUUUAACAGAUUCAGUGGAUUAAUACCACCUUGUUUGUUGAAAGAUAAUGAUCGUCUUGAGAUACUGAACUUAAGGAGUAAUAAUUUCCAUGGAUCCUUGCCUCAGGACAUCAGCGACCAAUGUGCACUUCAAGUAAUAGAUCUCAAUAGCAACAAGUUGGAGGGAAAUUUACCCGUGCCUCUGAUCAACUGUCACAUGCUACAAGUUCUAGACCUCGGAAACAACCUGAUAGUUGAUACCUAUCCAGAGUGGCUGGGAGUUCUUCCUUUGUUGAAAGUGCUUGUUCUGAAGUCGAACCGUUUCCAUGGUCCCAUUGAUUACGCCGAUGGGAUGAACAAACAAAUGCAUUCCUUCUUCCCAGAGCUACAAGUUAUGGACCUUUCUUCAAAUUCAUUUAACGGUAGCAUUACUGCACGAUUCCUAGAGCAGUUCAAAGCUAUGAUGACGGUUUCUUCAGGAGCUCUGAGCAUGUAUGUUGGAAUUAUCAAAUCAGCAGCAGCAUCUCCAAAUUAUUACAGGGAAUCAAUCACGGUGACGAUCAAAGGGCAAGAAACAACUCUUGUACAGAUACUUUCAGUCUUCAUGUCACUCGAUCUCUCCAACAACGACUUCCAGGGUAUCAUCCCCAACGAGAUCGGCGACCUGAAGUUUCUCAAGGGGCUCAACCUGUCCAGGAACUCUUUUACCGGCAGGAUCCCUCCUCGGAUCGCAAACAUGCUGCAGCUGGAGUCACUUGAUCUCUCCAGUAACCAGCUCUCCGGGGAGAUCCCUCCAGCAAUGGCACUGAUGUCAUUCCUCGAGGUGCUCAACCUUUCCUACAAUCAUCUGUCGGGGAUGAUACCACAGUCCAGCCAGUUCUCGACGUUUCCAGAAGCAUCAUUUCUCGGGAACGACGGGCUGUGCGGGAAGCCGCUGCCACGCAUGUGUGACACGAACCACACACCAUCUUCUGCUGCUGCUACAUCAGGCUCAUCUAAAGAGUUGAACUGGGAAUUUUUGUCGGUUGAGGCAGGGGUUGUUUCCGGCUUGGUCAUCGUGUUUACGACCACGCUGCUGUGGGGCAGCGGGAGGAGGUGGCUAUACUGGCAGGUGGACAAGUUUCUGCUAGAUGUUCUGCGGCCAUGGAUCCGCGGCCUGUUAGAAGUAAAGUUUGUAACGUGUAAACAUGCAUGA